UCUUAGUUUUGUGAGGGUGAAUAAGCUGUGUGUGUAUAUCUUUUACGUCUCAUGUCGCUUCAUUAUGUAUGUUUGAGCUAGCUGUUUGUGUUUGCUUCCCAUUAGCAUGUGAUGGAGUGGAAUGGAGGUCAGAUGUUGAUGAUGCUGUGGAUAGACUAAGCAAGUUGUGUGUGUGUGUGUGCUGAGACACACCCUGCUUGUCAGUCAGCCAUGAUAGAACUUGAGAAGGAGGGCUCCAUUUCUAUCCAAAAUGGACCUUCACUUCAGCACCUUUCACAAGCUUCCACUUGGUCCUUGAUCCUCCAGGCUGUCCUGAGGGCCCUCACAUCUCCAUUGCCCUAACUGUCGUCUGUGACAAGUUGGUCUCACCAGGGCCAGAUGGUUUGGAAAGACCUCCCUGAUCACACGCUUCAUGUAUGACAGCUUUGACAACACGUACCAGGCAACCAUUGGAAUUGACUUCCUGUCGAAAACGAUGUACCUGGAAGACCGAACGGUGAGGUUGCAGCUGUGGGACACCGCGGGACAAGAGCGCUUCAGGAGCCUCAUCCCCAGCUACAUACGGGACUCCACGGUGGCCGUGGUCGUCUACGACAUCACAAACGUCAACUCUUUCCAGCAGACGUCCAAGUGGAUUGAUGACGUGAGAACAGAGAGAGGAAGUGAUGUCAUCAUCAUGCUAGUAGGCAAUAAGACGGACCUGGCAGAUAAGAGGCAAAUCGGCAUCGAGGAAGGCGAGCAGAGGGCCAAAGAGCUGAGCGUCAUGUUCAUAGAGACCAGCGCCAAGACUGGUUACAAUGUCAAACAGUUGUUUCGCCGUGUGGCUGCUGCUCUCCCCGGGAUGGAAAGCAUGCAGGAGACGAGCAAAGAAGGAAUGAUUGACAUCAAGUUGGACAAACCGCAGGAGGCGCAGACGACUGAGGCGGGCUGCUCGUGUUAAUCGCCACGAACAGCAGUCGUGGCGUCCCCUUUUUCCACCCCAACCCCCCGACGCUUCUUACGUUGCUUCCUUUUGCUUUGAAGGCCUCCCAAUGGUCCUGACUGCUGGUCAGUGUUGAUGCUGAAGCUGCCAAAAAGUGUCCAAACACCACGAAGGUUACUGUAAGGAACACCCACCCACCCCCGCUUUGUUUUUGUAUUUUAAUUUUAUAUCCACUCAUGUUGUUUUGAAGUGAUAUUUGACAUCAAGGAUGAUUACGCCUUCCAGUGUUAGCAUCCUGGGGGGGGGCGGUCCACCACUGAGCCUUUUAGACCAAGUAUCCAUGCAUGCUUCUGUCUGUGUCAGGUAACAUCACACACACACACACACACACACACACACACCAUGCCAGUGUGCUACUUACUACACACUACUGUAAAUAUGGGAGCAGAGGACAAACUUGGACCUUUAACACUGCAUGAGACGAGUAUCACUUGGCACACUGUCCACCAUUCCACUCCCGAUCUGCGCAGUAAACCUUUAUUUAUAGUGGAGCCUCUAAAGUGGAACAGUACAGUUCGCAAGUUUUGGGGGGGAUGUGACGCAUGACGUCAUGUGAGCGUACCGUGCCGUUCAAGGACGAAUCUUCCGUCUACCGCAUGUUCCAACACUGUCACUUGUUUACAUCCAGGUCUGACUAGCUGGCUAGUUUAUUGCUUUAACCCAGGGGUGUCCAAACUUUACACCCAGGGCGACAUAGUGAACAAGGAAAGGGUGCAACUUUUGUAAAUCAUAUGCUAACACGUUAUAUACACAGUAUUGCAAGAAUAAACUUUUGCAUCUCAGAUUUUGUCAUUGUAGGUGAAAAAGCCUAUUAUAACUCAUUAUUGUAUUGUAUUGUAGUACUGCACAACUUCAUUUUUGCUGUUUUUUUUAAUUUAUUCUUAAACAGUAUUAGUACAUUUCCAACUUGGAAUAUGUCAGACUUGAUUCCCAUAAUAUUUAGACUUUAUUCUCGUACGUUUUUCCCCAACCUAAUUUUCCCAAAAAGUUUUCUCAUAAUAUUUAAAUAUUUUUAAAAGCUUUAAUAUUUCAACUCUAUGCUACUCAAAUGACUUGAUUUUCUCCAACAAUAUUAGAAGAUUUUUCUCAUAAAAUUGUGAUUUUUUUUCUCUCAUCAAAAUACAACUUUUUUACCUCUAUGACUUUAUUCUCGUAAAAUCACAGCUGUUUUUUCUAUUUCUGCUCUUUUUCAACUAUUUUAACUUUUUGUAAUAUUUUAACUUUAUUUCCCUAAUAUUAUGACUUUAUCUAAUUUUCUGAAAGGUUCCUCAUAAUAUUAUUUUUAAAAUAUUUUAAAUGUUCUGCUUCUAAAAUGAUGUUAUUUUUCCUCAUAAUAUUACAUCAUUCAUGAUUUUAUUUUGUUUGUUAAAUUCCAACAUUUUUCUGUCAUUAUCUUGACUUUAUUCAUGUAAAAUGAUUUUGCUCGUGUUAAAUUAUAUUUUUAGAAUGCGGCCAGGUCAAUUUAAAAAAAAAAAAAAGCAGAUGAAAGAUGCAAUUGGCCCUGGGCUGCAGUUUAGAGACCCCUGCUUCAACUUUUUACAGUUUUUUUACUGCUUGACUUCUUUUUACGCUUGUGUGACAGUUAAGAAUGGUGUCGUUCUUAAGUUAAGGCUCUUAGUUUUUUAUAUUGACAGAGGAUAACUUAUUUUUACACCUUUAAAAAAAAAUGCCGAAAGCUUUUCUCAUGGCCACAGCUUGACCCAGGAACAGAUGAUUUCCUGCGCCGUUGUUUGUGAUAUGAAACUGUGUUCAGUCUUAGAGGCUCUACUGUAUGUGGAGGGAAUUGACAGUAAAUGUACCAUAUUGUGUGUGACGUCACGUGGAAAAGACUUUCUAAGUAAAUCAGCACACUUUGAGCAAACGUCCAUCAUGUGCAUGUAUUUAUUGUUUUACAACAAGAAUGUAUAUCUUGCUGUCGUGUCGCAGCACCGUUUGAUUUCAUUAGUAAUGUUCAUUGAGGGCGGGGCCAUGAUUGUACAGUGCAUGUCUCCCCCCUCCCCCAAACCCUGAAUAAACAUGUCUUACUGACCACAGCAA